AUGGCCUUGCAGGCCUCAAUACUAAACAUCUAUUUAGAUAAAACGCAGAAAGGAAUUUCAACAAAAGGAGCGAACAACUCCACAAUGGGCAUCUGCUUUUCGUUCGACUGCGGGGACUUUGAUUUAUGCUGCAACCCUUGUUGUAUGGCCUUGAGCGCCUGCUGCUUGGUGCCCCGCCUCCACCACCCGGAUAUCCGCACCCACCACCACCUGGAGGCUACCCUGGAUACCCCCCACAACAGCCUCCCUACUCUUACCCUCAGCCACAGCCCAUGUACAGAUAAGCAAGUGCACUUAUUACUAGGAUGGGUUGCCAAUUUUCGUGCCGCCCAUGCUGUUGUUGCUGCAUACCGUGCUUGUGCUGCGACUGUUGUGGCGAGCCCCCUCGGACAGUUGUGCACCACCACGUGGUUCAAGCACCUGCGCAACAAGCCCCUCAAAUUA